GUUGUCAUGCUGUGACUCCUCUGAGCAUCACAGGGAAACACCACCAGCCUGAGCCUUGCUGCUGGUGUGAGGCACCUUCCAGGUGGGAGAGGUUAGUCUACGAUGAGUUAACAGCCUGCCUUAGCUUUAGAGGCUCCAGCAGCUUCACACUGUGGUCUUUCAGACAGAUGUACUCCCAGCUGAAUUAUUCUUCCCCAGGACCUGUUUAAAGUCAGGGAUUUGAUCAUAAAAUCAUAGACUCACUAGGUUGAAAAAGACUUCUUAGAUCAUCGAGUUCAACCAUUCUAUCUGCCACUAAACCACAUCCCUGAGCACCUCAUUCAUCAUUGUGGAUGAACGCACACAAUGAGACUUAGAUGAAGACCACAGAGAUGGAAUGGGAUCUGCAAAUGGACUCCUCUGCACUUGCCUGCUCUUUGACCUUCCUUAGAGAUGUCCUCUGAAACACACUUGCCCCUUUGAUUAGAAGGGGGAAAGAGAUCAGAUGCUUGAAACAGGAACCUACCCAGUGCCAGGGUCUCUUGUCCCUGGGGUGGCACUGCUAACUCUCCUCUUCGCAGGGCAACGACUGCAGUGGUGGAGGGAUGGGGUGAGGUUGAGCAGCCUGGUUCUACCUACUGUUCUUGAUGACAAGGACAUCGCUGUGCCGUUUUGGAGAGGGAUAUGUAUGGACACGCAUGAGAGCUGCUGCUUGUCCCACAAGUCCAAGGUGCCCACUGCUGUUCAGUAACCCUGGGCUCUAGCUUGCAAUAAUUUCAUUCCAACUUUAUUUCCUAAUUUAGGACCUCUGCACCCGCAGUUGCUCCUCAUGUUGCAGUUAAAGUCCAAACAGCGCAAGUCACUCACCAAAACAACCCAUUAGUGCUGGCCCUGCCUCCCGUGCACCACUGCAUAAAAAGCUCUGCUCUUUUGGGGGAACCUCCUUCCGACCUGUCGUUCCUCCGCGUGACAGAGCCCUCCGGUACGGGGAAAGCUCUUCCACCCUGCCCCAAACUUAGCCACAUACCUGGGGGCUGCACAGGAAGCAGGUGAGCAAGGAUCAGCAAGAACCUCCUGGGAUAUUUAAGGAGCUGGGAAAGUCGUUCUGGAGACGGAGCAUUUCUGGGGCUGCAGACGCCCCCUGAGCGAACAUGCCCAGCCAGUCUCUGCUCCACCACAGCCUUGUUCCACCAUGUUCCCUCCCAGGCAGGACAGCAUGGUGCGGCGCGUGGCGGUGCUGGGCGCGGGCGUCAGUGGGCUGGCAGCCAUCAAGUGCUGCCUGGAAGAAGGGCUGGAGCCCACCUGCUUUGAGAGGAGCGAGGGUGUCGGGGGGCUCUGGCGCUACACGGACCAGGCAGAGGAAGGCAGAGCCAGCAUCUACCGCACUGUCUUCACCAACUCCUGCAAAGAGAUGAUGUGUUACCCUGACUUCCCCUUCCCUGACAAUCACCCCAACUACAUGCACAACACCAGGCUCCAGCAGUACAUCUGCAAGUACGCCGAGCACUUCAACCUCCUCCAGCACAUACGGUUCAAGACCCUGGUCACCAAGGUUAAAAAGCACCCAGACUUUACUGUGACGGGGCAGUGGGAGGUGGUAACCCAGAGAGAUGGGAAGGAAGAGGCACUGUUUUUUGAUGCAGUUAUGAUUUGCUCUGGGCAUCAUGUCUACCCAAACCUCCCCCUCGCUGACUUCCCAGGAAUACAGAAGUUUAAAGGCUGCUAUUUCCAUAGCCGGGAGUACAAGGAGCCGGAGAAGUUCAGAGGGAAGAAGGUGCUGGUGGUAGGCUUGGGCAACUCUGGCUGUGACAUUGCUGUGGAGCUCAGCACCGUAGCAUCACAGGUCUACCUGAGCUCCCGAAGUGGGUCCUGGGUGAUGAGCCGCGUCUGGGACAAUGGGUACCCCUGGGACAUGCUGGUCAUCACUCGUUUCCGGACCUGGCUGGGGAACAUCCUCCCCAGGGUGCUCAGUGACUGGCUGUACGUGAGAGGCAUGAACCGAUUCUUCAAGCAUGAGAACUUCGGCCUCAUGCCACUGGACAGAACUUCCCGCAAGGAGCCGGUGUUCAAUGAUGACCUUCCAAGCCGCAUUGCCUGUGGCGUGGUGGUGAUAAAGCCAAAUGUGAAGGAGUUCAGAGAGACGUCUGUCUUGUUCCAAGAUGGGACUGUGCAGGAUGAUGUUGAUGUGGUCAUCUUCUCCACUGGUUACAGUUACUCCUACCCUUUUAUGGAGGAUGAUUCUAUUAUCAAAAGCAGGGAUAACCAAGUCACCCUCUACAAAGGCAUCCUCCCUCCUCAGCUGGAGAAACCAACCAUGGCAGUCAUUGGGCUAGUUCAGUCCCUUGGACCCAUCAUUCCAACAGCGGACCUCCAGUGCCGCUGGGCAGUCAAGGUGUUUCAGGGGCAGUGCACACUCCCCCCGGUCAGCAAGAUGAUGGAUGACAUUGAUGAGAAGAUGGGAAAGAAGCUCAAGUGGUAUGGGAACAGCACCACGCUGCAGACAGAUUAUAUCACCUACAUGGAUGAACUGGCCUCUGCCAUCGGUGUGAAGCCCAGCGUGCCAAAGCUCCUGCUCACAGACCCCCGGCUGGCCCUGGAGGUCAUCUUCGGCCCCUGCACCCCCUACCAAUAUCGACUGAUGGGCCCAGGGAAGUGGAGCGGGGCCAGAAAGGCCAUCCUCACCCAGUGGGACCGCAUGCUGCAGGCUACACAGACACGUGUCACCCCUGACACCCCCACCUCCUUCCCCUGCCUCAUUGUGCUGGGGGUGCUUUUCCUCCCACUCCUCCUCCUCCUCACUGCCCUUUGCUGCUAG